AUGGCGUACAAUACCUUCCAAGCUCGUCGACCUGGUGCCUUGCCCCUGUCAGCCUUCCUGACCGCCGCCCAGCCCUCGUUUUUCACCGCGCUGGCUUUCCCAGACGUCGCCUCUCUCACCGAGCCCGUCCCGGAGCAGGUUGCCCCUGACGCGGGGCUGCGCGCAGCUCUGCGCCGCCAGCAUCCUACCCUCCAACCGCGGUCCACGACGAGCCUGCAGCCAGAGGUGGCGGCGCUGGAUGAUGACCCGAGCGUCACUCUGGAGUCGAAGAGUUUGUGGAAUGAAUUUCACAAAAUGGGAACUGAGAUGGUCAUUACAAAGUCUGGAAGGAGGAUGUUCCCGCCUUUCAAAGUGAGGGUGGAGGGGCUCGAUAAAGCAGCCAAGUACAUCCUGCUGAUGGACAUCAUCGCCGUCGACAACUGCCGCUACAAGUUCCACAGUUCCCGCUGGACGGUGGCCGGGAAGGCUGACCCAGAGAUGGCAAAGCGCAUGUACAUCCACCCAGACAGCCCGUCCAAAGGGGAGCAGUGGAUGAGCAAGCCCGUCGCUUUCCAUAAACUCAAACUCACCAAUAAUAUUUCGGAUAAGCACGGAUUUACAAUUUUGAACUCGAUGCAUAAAUACCAGCUCAGGUUUCACAUCGUCAGGGCCAACGACAUAAUGAAGCUUCCGUACAGCACCUUUCGGACUUAUGUUUUCCCUGAGACAGAGUUCAUCGCUGUCACUGCCUAUCAGAAUGAAAAGAUUACGCAGCUGAAAAUUGACAAUAACCCCUUUGCCAAAGGAUUCCGAGACACUGGGAAUGGGAAGCGAGAAAAGAGGAAUAAUCAGCUGAACAUGUCUAUGGUGCAUGAGAGCCAGAGCAGAGUGGACCGGGACAGUGCAGAUUCUGAGAACUCGUGUGAGCAGCCCUGUACCGGUGAUUCCUUCUGUCCCCCUCUGGAGCUGGUGAGCAGCCCCCUGAUGUCCACCCCAACCUGCUUUGAUGAGAACAACACUGAAUGUGAUUCAGAACAGGAGGACAGUGCAGAAGCCAGCUGCUCCAGGGAUGAACAUGCAUCUACUCUGAGUCUGAGAGGUGAGGAGCUGCUGCGGAACAUGUCAGCUCCUUGCAAGAGUAACGACAAUCCGGAUGCAACAAAAGACAGAGCAGCGUGUAGAACCUCAGAUGAGAUGUAUCGCGUGGAGAUGGACUCUUCAAAAAAGCACCUGAGUGAUAUUGAAGACGGGCUCGUGCCUGUGAUGUCACAAGCGCAGAGUCCGUCCUCCCUCAGGGACAGUCACCAUCAGACUUUGGAUUUUGCAGGUGCACAUGCCCAACAGUUUCUUAAGCUUGGGGCACCCUUGUUGUUUCAUCCGGGACAGAAACCCGAGAGUUUCCCAGCUGCGGGUAUGGGACAUCUAUUUUCCUCUUUGUCUGGACUAAAUGAACUAGAAAACGGAGGCCUGUCUCCCCAGAGCGUCACCUCUCCAUCUCCCUUCAUGUUCCACCUGUCACAGCACAUGCUGGCAUCUCAGGGACUCGCACUGUCACCGUUUGGAGGAUUGCUGUCGUAUCCGUACCACUACAUGGCAGCACCUGCAGUGAUCAACCCGGCUCUGCCCACUUCUACCAGAAACCACUGUUUCCGCAGCUCCCGGUCGCCUUGGUUGCGUUUCAGCCCCUAUCACAUCCCUACUUCUGCCACCUCAAGCCAAAGCCUGUUUACGGACAGAUCAUCUUGUGGUUCUAACUCAUUAUCCGAGCUGUCCAAGUCAGGCAGCAGGCGGUCGGGUCCGCUGUGCAACAAUCACAGCCACAAAACCACUGCUAAGCAGAGGACUCCUCCACAUAAAAGCACUGUUAAGGGUUCAAUGGAUGAACUGCAGCACAUAUAUAAUGUGGUUAUUGAUAAACCACAUACUCCUUAA